CCCCCAAAUUCAUACACGCACGUGGUGGCCCCUAACUCAUUUCGUCUACGUAUUUCCACAUGGCCUCUCCUUCGCCUGCUCUGUCACUAGCCACUCUCCAAAAUCUCUCUCCCCCUUACUUCAAUCGAUCGGUGCCCUACAUAACGUUGACUUCACACACUGUUACUGCAAAACCGCUCUUCAGCUCCCUGAAAUCGAACCUCAAUUUGAGGAAAUUUAAGUGCACAACAAAAGCAUCAAUGGCCGAGAUUGUAACUCCAAAUAGCAAACCCAAGGUACAAGUGUUUGAUUCCGAGGAGGAUCUGGCGGUUUCGCUUGCUAAAUACACUGCCGAUUUGGCGAAUAAGUUUGCUCAACUGAGAGAUUCUUUCACCGUUGUUUUGUCAGGUGGUUCUCUUGUCAAGUCUCUCAGGAAAUUGGUGGAGCCACCGUAUGUUGAUUCAGUGGAUUGGUCGAAAUGGCAUGUGUUUUGGGUGGAUGAGAGGGUGGUUCCAAAGGAUCACCCUGACAGCAACUAUCUCCUUGCAUAUGAUGGGUUUUUAUCAAAGGUAUCUUGAAUUAUUUUUUAAUUACACCUUUAAGCUGUCCAGCUGUUUCGAGUAUUACUUUCUACUGAAAGAUUCAGCCUUGUCAAAAAUUUCUUAAGAAGAGACUUGAUUCAAACAAUGAAAAGUUAAAAAAUGAAAUCUUUAAUUUGGUGUAUAUUAAUUACAUCGUGUAGUAAUAGUGAUAGGAUGAUCGAAGUUGUAGUCCUAUAGACAUGUAAUUUCAAGAGUAAGGUUUCACUUGUUUGUCUGAUUUGAGGGGAAAGGGCCCUUAAAUUCUAAAAAUCAAGCAGCUUCAAAUUGAAAAUGUUAUAUUUUUUCUUCUUCUGAAGAGAUCUCUCAGUUUUUUAAUUGAUUGAACGUGAAAACAAUCAAUGCCGUUCCUAUGGUCUAAACCACUAUGUUAUAUAGUGGUUUAACAGCUCA